AUGCAUCGUGAAUGCGAACUCCCAUUAACGAUGUCACGCGAACCAGCGAUUGCCUUGUGGGAAAAGUGUAUAAAAGACGAGGAGUAUCACCGUGGUCAUCACCCGCCCUCUCUUUCAACAACAGUCGAAGAAGCAGAAAUAAUGGCAGCUACCUUUGUGAGCUCUAUCAAGGUGGUCUUCCUGCUGGCCUUCUGUUUUGCCGUGAUACGCAGAACAAAUGGAGCCACCGGACCUCAGCACACUUGCGCAUAUCCUCAAACUUGCACCGAUCCGGGCGAGAAUGACCCCAACCACAUCGUGACUUCCACCGCCCAAUACAACCCGACCACCGGGCAGUGCGAGACCAUCCCGUCGGAGACCGGACCUCACAACUGCCAGAAGUUCGCGACCCUCGCGGACUGCGAGACGAACUGCGGGAAUGCCGGACAGUAA